AUGUCUUGCAACAUGGAAUACAGUGGCACUCCAAACAUCGAGGAAGGCUCCGAAUUGAACAUUGUCGCCGCUCAGGACAAAGCCUAUCUCACUGUCGCAAUGGGGAAAACCAACAAUGGCCUGCCCCCUGCCUUGCGAAUUUCAACUUCCUCAACUGAUCGCGCAUCAGCCGAUCCAGACGGGCGACCAAGCUCCGCCGCCACCACUGCGUUCCCCGAUCCUCCCAGUAAGAUUGCCCUGGACGAGAAUAAGAAAGCUUCUUCCCUUGGCCCAGCCAUCACCACAAACAAACAGACGACAGGAGGCAAGGAGUUGAUUAAAGCAUCGGCUCAAAUGAAUGAAAGUCUUGCAACAAGUAACAGCAAACUUGAGGAUUUGAAAACUAGAGCUCAGAGUCUUGAAAAGUUAGUCAAAGCGAAAGCACACAGUCUUCAGUCCCCAGCCUCUUCACGGAAAAAUGUCUCGGGGCCUCUGGGGUGA